AAUGGAGUCGCCGGGAGGUGAAUCAAAGCAUGAAUUUUGUGUCACUCCCAAUCUAAUAGAAGCAAGAAUCAAUCAAUUGCAGAGUAAAUCAUACUGAAUCAGUCAGUCAUUUAAGAAAAAGAAAAUCCGCCAGCUAAUAGCCACUGCCCAAUGCGGCCUACUGAUCAACUGCUCAGCUGAUCCAAGUUAACCUAGAUAUGGACACCCACUCGUCUCACGCGGCCGGGAACAUUCGCUCCCGUAGCUCCCAAUCCCCCUCUCCCUCUCACUCUGCUUCUGCCUCUGCCACCUCUACCAUCCACAAGCGCAAAAUGGCGUCGGAUGAUCACGCUCCUCCCUUUCCCCCCUCUUCCUUUUCCGCCGACACCCGCGACGGUGCUUUAACGUCCAAUGAUGACCUCGAGAGCAUUUCUGCUCGCGGCGCUGAUUCCGACUCCGACGAUGAGUCGGAGGAUGCCGUUGUUGACGACGACGAGGAGGAUUACGACAAUGAAUCCUCCAUGCGCACCUUCACUGCCGCUAGGCUUGAAAACCCCCCCUCAGCUCCGCGGAACACCAAGCUCCAAAAGGAUAAUACGACGGUCAAGAUAGAGAAUUCGGAUAGCGCUAAAGACGCUGCCACAGCCGGGACUGCUUCGGUGGGAACCAUUCCCACCUCGACCUCAGUUCCGGGCAUUAUCGUUAAGGAGGACGCAACAAAGAUUUUUACUGAUAAUUUGCAGACGAGUGGGGCAUACUGUGCCAGGGAAGAGAAUCUCAGGAGAGAGGAAGAAGCAGGGAAGCUGAAAUUCGUAUGCCUUUCAAAUGAUGGUGUUGAUGAGCACAUGGUUUGGUUGAUAGGAUUAAAGAAUAUUUUUGCUAGACAACUUCCCAACAUGCCCAAGGAAUACAUUGUCCGACUUGUUAUGGAUAGGAGCCACAAGUCUGUGAUGGUUAUAAGACGUAAUCAUGUUGUUGGAGGAAUUACAUAUCGCCCAUAUGUAAGCCAAAAGUUCGGUGAAAUAGCCUUUUGUGCAAUAACAGCUGAUGAGCAAGUAAAAGGUUAUGGCACCAGACUGAUGAAUCACUUGAAACAGUAUGCUCGUGAUGAGGAUGGAUUGACACACUUUCUCACAUAUGCUGAUAAUAAUGCUGUUGGCUAUUUUAUCAAACAGGGCUUCACAAAAGAGAUUCACUUGGAGAAAGAUAGAUGGCAAGGGUAUAUCAAGGAUUAUGACGGAGGAAUUCUCAUGGAAUGCAAGAUCGAUCCAAAGCUCCCAUACACUGAUUUAUCAACUAUGAUUCGUCGUCAGAGGCAGGCUAUAGACGAAAAGAUAAGAGAGCUGUCAAACUGUCACAUUGUUUAUCCUGGAUUUGAUUUUCAGAAGAAAGAAGCUGGUAUUCCUAAAAAAUCAAUCAAAGUUGAGGACAUUCCUGGUUUGAGAGAGGCUGGAUGGACUCCUGAUCAGUGGGGUCAUUCCCGAUUUAGAAGUUUAAGUGUUUCUACAGACAGCGCUGCGAAUCAGAAACAUUUGACUGCAUUUAUGCGAUCACUUCUGAAGUCAAUGCACGAUCAUGCUGAUGCCUGGCCAUUCAGGGAACCCGUUGAUGCCCGGGAUGUUCCUGAUUAUUAUGACAUCAUCAAAGAUCCAAUGGAUCUGAAGACAAUGUCUAAGAGGGUGGAGUCUGAGCAAUAUUAUGUUACAUUUGAGAUGUUCGUUGCAGAUGUCAGAAGAAUGUUCGCCAAUGCACGGACCUAUAACUCCCCAGACACGAUUUAUUACAAAUGCGCUACCAGGCUGGAAGCCCAUUUUCAGAGCAAGGUUCAAUCAGGUCUACAGGCUGGCACCAAAACUCAGUAGCAGCCUCUGAAUUCAUUAGGGGUUCCUCUAGCCUUCAGCGGCUAAAGAAAGCUGAAUCCCCUCCAAUAUUUCCUUGUAUGUUGUAAAAACUUGUUCUUUAGUUGGCCAAAAAAAAAAUUGUUCUUUAAUUUAAUUUUUUGUCAAAUGGGUUACCUUUUUUGUACAGUUGAGAUUGAUUUUAUUUUAAUAUAAUAGUAAAAACAAUUAAGUUGAUAUAAAGUUCUAACAAA